UCAAUUUUUUCCUAAUUCCUAAUCAUUCCUACAAACUUAUCUUAAAUCUUACAACUUUCAAUCAUCAAUCAUCUUUUCCAACAACACCCAUCUUCCCAAUUCUCACUUAAACCAGAAUCCCCAAAUCAUGUUCUAGGGUUUAUAUUUUUUAACUUUUAUUUUAUGAUUUUAUAAUUUUAUUUUAAUCUCAAAUUUGGUUUUAAAGAAUCUUAUUUCAGGGCUUUUUAACAGAAAUUUCAGUUGGCUCAUGAAGCAUCUCCAGAAACACAGAAUUCCUUUUUCACUUGCUUCAAACUUUGUCCUUAAAUCUCAGCCCGUUAGAUCUUAAGCGAAAUUCUAAUAUUGGUAUUAUGGAAAAGGAGACUAGACAUAAGACUGCGAAAGUGGCUGCAAUGAGAUUGAAUGAAACUGGGAUACCUUCAGGUGGCGCUGAGGCGCAACCACCAGGAUCAAAUGUUAACGAGGGGAAGAAUCCAAUGCCCUCACCUACACAACCGGAAGAGAAUUACAAUGCUACAAAAGAAAAAUUGGGAACGAGUACUUUGGAUUUGAAUAGCGGGAAUGAUGUCCCUAAGCCAUCCUAUUUUGCUGAAAAACUUCAAUCUAAUCUGGACAACAUGCAUCAAGAAGAUGGUUUUAAGACACAUGAGGGUAAGUCAUCUGGUACAUAUGCUAAUGCUCUCAAGACUGAAACUGCUAAACGUAUUGCCAAUUUCAGAAAAUCAUCGGUGGAAGAGAGUAUUGAAGGAGCAGAUUUGGCAUUGCCACGAGCUUCAGUGGAAGAGUUUAAUGGCCGCUUUGUGAGUACCCUUUAUGGGUAUUUUCUACGAAAUCGCUUAGCAUUCCCUGUUGUUGAAAACUAUGUUAAAAAUACGUGGGCAAAGUAUGGGCUUAAGCGUGUAAUGAUGAAUACGGCAGGUUUUUUCUUCUUCAAAUUCGAUACAAAACAAGGUAUGGACCAGGUUCUUGAGCGAGGUCCUUGGAUUAUUCGUUCUGUUCCAAUUUUGUUAAAUGUUUGGAAUGCUAAUGCUUGCUUGACAAAGGAAGAAACCUCUAAGGUACCAGUGUGGAUUAAAUUGCAUGAUAUUCCCCUAGUAGCUUAUACGGAAGAUGGGCUGAGUAUGAUAGCUACAAAACUUGGAACCCCAAUUAUGCUUGAUUCUUAUACUAGUAAUAUGUGUUUGGAGUCCUGGGGGCGAAACAACUAUGCAAGGGCUAUGAUAGAAUUGAAUGCGUCCUGUGAGUUAAAAGAAGAGGUUAUUAUUGCGAUCCCCAACUUGAGUGGGGAAGGGUACUCGAAAGAGACAGUGUAUGUUGAAUAUGAAUGGAGUCCCUCUCAUUGCUCCCAUUGCAAAUUAUUUGGCCAUAAUAAUAAUAAUUGUCCUAAACAGGUGCACACUAAAGUUGUUAAUAACAAUGAGGCAGCGGAGGAUGGGUUCACCAUUGUUAAUCGUAAGAAGGGGAAAGGGAAAGCAAGUCAGCAAGGAAAAGAUGAACAUAACAAAGGUAAACAUGGAGAUGGUUUUAGGAUUCCUAAGCCUAAACCAAAUCAUGUUUAUCGUCAAAGACAGGUCAUUGGAAGUGCCAUUCCAGUUCGGUUGGAGAAGAACACACAAUCUGAUCCUAUUAAACCUUCAACUUCUUCUAAUCAAGGGAAUCCUGUGCAAAUUAUGAAUAAGUUUGAGUCCCUUUCUACGCCAGAUUCUCUAGAAGAUUCGGAUGAUGAUGAGGUAAUUUUUGAUGAAGCGACUAAAGAAAUGGUCGACUCUUUUGUUUCUGAGGGGGCAAGCACUCCCGGAGAAAAGGUUCCCAAUGUAUAAUCUAGCAUCAUGGAAUAUCUGGGGGAUGAACCAACCCCAAAAACAAAAAGUGGUUCGUCAGGUAAUUGCUGAAAAUUCUUUAUCGGUUUGUGCUAUUUUAGAAUCACAUCUUUCUCAUACUCAGCUCCAUCGAGUUUGUUCAAAGGUGUUUGGCUAUUGGGACUGGACUUCUAAUAGCAGUUUGUGUAACAAAGGAGUGCGUAUAAUUGUGGGUUGGGAUCAACGUUAUGUUAAUGUAAUGGUUUUUUCUCAGUCGGACCAAGUAAUUCAUACUCAAAUCUUUUUGAAAGCUGAAAGGAAAAUGGUAUUCUGUUCUUUGUCUACGCUCAUAACCAUUAUUUAGAUAGACGUGCUUUGUGGAAUAAUCUGAUUCAUCACAAAGCUUUUGUUAUUGGAAGACCUUGUUGUAUACUGGGUGACUUCAAUGCAACUCUUAGCUCAAAUGACAAAUCUGUCGGUUCCUCGGUUGUGGAUAUAAAUAUGAGAGAAUUUGGUGAUUGUGUUGAAGAGCUGGAGGUUACUGAUGUUAAUAUGACAAGCCUCCGGUUCACUUGGAAUCAAAAGCCCAAGGGAGAUCAUGGUUUGCUUAGGAAAAUCGACAGGAUUAUGGCAAGUUUGGAGUUUCAGAAUGUUUUUGUUGGGGCAGUUGCGGUUUUUAUGCCAUAUCGUAACUCUGAUCAUUCCCCUGCUAUUAUAAAACUCCCCACGAAGACUAAGUUUAAACCGAAACCUUUCAAAUUCACCAACUUAAAAACUCAAAGCAUUGAAAAAACCUUUCAGAAAGCUUCUUGCUGAUAAAGGAAACAUUCAUUCCAAUGUUACUAAGCUUCGUAUAGAGCUUGAUUCCGUUCAAUCUGAUUUGGAUAAAGAUCCCCAUAAUGUUGUUCUUAGACAGGAAGCUGUCGUAUACCUUCAAGCUUAUAAUGAUGCUUUAACUGAAGAAGAGAGGUUCUUAAAACAAAAAGCUAAGGUUGAAUGGCUUCGUGUUGGUGACUCAAACUCGGCAUACUUUCACAAGGUUGUUAAGAGUAAAGUUGCCUUCAAUUGCAUUGAUUUUGUGCAAGACUCACUUGGCACUAAGUUUGAAGGUCAUGAGGUUUGUGAUGUGUUUUUAUCUCAUUAUUCUAACUUUCUUGGCAACUCUGGCAAUGUAAUUCCAUUGGAUUUGCAUGGGUUAAGUUUGAAAACAAUUCCACAUGGAAAAGUUGCUGACAUGGUUACCGCGGUUACUGAUGAUGAAGUUAAGCGAGCCAUGUUCUCUAUGGGAGAUGACAAAUCACCUGGGCCGGAUGGGUAUUCUGCAGCUUUUUUUAAAGGAGCUUGGGAUGUCAUUAGAACUGAGGUAUCGGCUGCAAUAAGGGAUUUCUUUUCUUCUGGAAAGCUGCUUAAAGAACUAAAUCAUACUAUAAUUGCUCUUAUCCCGAAGGUCCCUUCUCCUACCUUUAUAACUGAUUUUCGUCCUAUAUCUUUAUGCAACAUUCUAUAUAAGUGUAUCAGCAAAAUCAUAGCAAAUAGGAUCAGAGGUUGUCUAUCUGACAUUGUUAGCAGUAAUCAAUCCGCCUUUAUACCGGGUAGAAGGAUAUCUGAUAAUAUUCUUCUCACCCAAGACAUUAUGAAUAACUAUCAUCUAAACCGUGGACCACCUAGGUGUGCUCUUAAAGUGGAUAUCCAAAAGGCGUAUGAUACGGUUGAUUGGUGUUUUCUCAAGGUUGUCCUUCUUGGUUUUGGGUUUCCUACUAAGAUGAUUACAUGGAUAAUGGAGUGUGUUUCUUCGGUGUCUUUCUCACUGAGUAUUAACGGUAAACUUCAUGGAUUUUUUAAAGGUAAACUGGGGUUAAGACAAGAUGAUCUUUUCAUUUUCUUACGUGGUAAUGCGGAGUCUGCUAGUGUUAUUAUGUCCUCUCUUGAAGAAUUUCAGGCUGUUUCGGGUUUGGCACCAAGUUUGCAUAAGAGUACGUCGUAUUUCUGUAAUGUGACAAACUCUGUAAAGCAUGCUAUUUUGAAUAUCCUUCCAUUUGAAGAAGGCAGAUUGCAUGUUAGGUACUUGGGUGUCCCACUUGUCUCCUCUCGCCUUGUUUUGCGAGACUGUAAAAGUCUUAUUGAGAUGGUAAAGAAAAGAAUAAAUGAUUGGCGGAACAAGUGUCUAUCUUUGCUGGACGUUUACAACUUAUCAAGUCGGUUAUAUCUUCUAUUCAUGUUUAUUGGUCAUCGGUCUUCAUUUUACCCAUGAGUAUUAUUCUUGAUAUUGAGCAAUUAAUGCGAGGUUUUCUAUGGUGCCAAGGUGAUAUACAAAGAGGAAAAGCAAAGGUAGCAUGGAAUGAUGUAUGUCUACCAAUACAUGAGGGAGGGUUGGGUAUUCGUAAGUUGCAAUCAUUCAAUGUGGCUCUUUUUUCUUAUCAUAUUUGGGCUAUUCUCUCUUCUAAGGAGUCACUUUGGGUGAAGUGGGUUCACACUAACCGGUUGAGAGGCAAAAGUUUAUGGGACCUUCCUUAUAGAGGUUCUUUACCAUGGAGUUGGAGAAAACUACUUCAAAUUCGGCCUCUUGUUAGAAAUCACUUCUGGUUUAAAAUUGGUGAUGGUCGUAAGGCCCAUAUUUGGUUUGAUAAUUGGUGUGUGGAGAGCCCCCUAUAUGGACGCUUUACCGCUAGAGAAAUAUCUUCUGCUGGUUUUUCUUUGAAUGCUCGUGAUCGUGAUGUUAUCUCUAAUGGGGAAUGGAGUUGGCCUUCGUCUUGGGGCAACUUACUCCAGAAUAUCCCAAGACUCGUCCUUAAUAACGAAACUGAUUCUGUUUGUUGGAAAGAUCGAGACGAUAAUAUAAUAGAUUUUUCUAUUGGUGCGGUUUGGGAUGUUCUACGGCCAAGGGGGAAUGUUGUUGACUGGUGCAAUUUGAUUUGGCUUCCUUUUUGCAUCCCUAAACACGCUUUUAUCCUUUGGCUUGUGUUCCGAAAAAAGCUCAAAACUCAGGAUGUUCUUAUGCAAUGGGAUUUGGAUCCAAAUGUCGAUCUUCGAUGCCCGUUUUGCAAAUCAGUCCCGGAUUCACAUUCCCAUCUCUUUUUUGAUUGCUCAUAUACAAUGCAGGUGUGGAACCUUGUGAUAACAAAGGCUGGUCUCUCUCAUAAACCUUCUUCAUGGGAUGCUAUCGUUGCUUACAUGAAUCCUAGAGCAAAGAGGAAAUCGAUGCGGAGUGUUAUUGAAAAACUUACACUUGCUGCAUGUGUGUAUUUUAUUUGGCAGAAGCGUAACACUAGAUUGUUUAUGAAGACUGAAAGAUCUACUCAUGUUCUAUGUGAAGCCAUCAUAUCUACAAUCAGGUUAAAGCUGGUCACUUUCAGAUACAAGAGAACGACGAAUGUUGAGCGACUUCUUGCAGCUUGGGAUCUCCUUGUCUUACUUAUUAAUAAUAUGUAAUUUCUUUCCUAGUCCGUUGGCUUUCAUUGUUUGCGAGGUUUGUUUGCAAGGUUAGUGGUCUGUUGGUCUUGGGUGAUGUAUAUUGCACGAUGUGUGCAUGAAAUUAUGUAAAGUCAACUUAGUGCUCAACUAAGUUGCCUGAUUUAUAUUUGGUAUAAAAGCUUAUAAGGGUAAUCCGUUUUACCCGAAGUUCAUAAUA